GGAAAUCUAGCACUUCUGAUGGCGUUUUUGUUAGAAGCACCGUUUUUUAGCUUGAAGCACCUUUUUUAAGCAGUAUCAUGAAAAGCGCUGUUUCAUUCGUGUGGGUUAAGGAACCACAAAAUUUCAGCUGAUAUGCCAAUAAUUCCAAUGGAAACGUUUUACAAAAACAGCGUGAAGGACUAGAUAACAGUCCUUUUAAUUCACUCAAAUGUCUUUUCGAGAAUAGUCUAAAAAACUUCUUAAUGGCGUGCAUUUGAAAGACAGAAUUUUAUGAUGCAUUGCGCAUGCCCUGCAACUACUUUACUUAAUCACUCAAUUAUCAUAUAUCAAACGGAAUGCAAGAAUUUCAGUUGCAUCUCGCACUCUUUUGAAACAGUUGUCACCGUCUUGGCUUGAAUCGUCAAAGACGCAUCCAAAAUGGCGCUGCAAGGGAUUUACUUCAGUUCGCCGAAGGUACAAAAGCAAUACGACUCAGCCACUAAACAUCCUAAGGGAAUUAUGAAUGAUGCUUACGACCAUCCAGAGGGACCACAAACUCCUUCGUUCGGUGGGAGUUACGCUCCCCGUGAUGACAGACCUUCGGCUGCGUACUCAUAUCAGGAGAAUGGGACGAGUAGACCCCAUUUGCCGUCAAGUUCCAGCACACUUGGGUUUACCCCUCCCAAGGAGCAGAAACGCAAGAAUCGAUGCGGUGCAAAGUGUAUACUGAUCCCAUUGUUGGUGCUUUUCAUCAUUCUGUUCUUGGUGAUGGUAGUCUUAUACUUCAAGAGGGAUUCCUCGAGUGAAAAAGAGAACGUGAAUGGGAACAACCCAACAGAUUCUGAAGUGAAACAAACUCCAUCUCCUCCAUGCCUGUCAAUCCCAAAACCUGUGCCAUUUGCAACGCUACCGGAACGGCUUAAAACAGAACUGAAGCAACUGGAAGCUUUGAUUAUUAAGCAAGUCGAACUUGGGGGGCCGAUGGCCGUAACAAGCAAUAUCGUGUACAUGAACAAGGUGAUCUGGGAAGGCGAAUAUGGAGUAAUGAAUAAUUCGGAGACUCCUAAAAGAAAGCCUUCAGUCACUGCUAUUUUACCCUUGGCGAGUGUUUCAAAGGUGCUAACGGUAUUGAUGUUGUUUAAGCUGCACAAUGAUGGCUUUGUCAAUUCAUUGGACGACCCCGUCAACAAAUAUCAAAGUGAUUUUUCGGUAAAAAAUCCUUUCGGAAACGAUCCCAUUACGCUAAGACAACUGGCGUCUCAUCGUUCCGGUCUUCCUAGAGAGGCUCCCUGUUACCCGGAGACAAAAUCAAACCUCUGUCCGCGUUCUAACGAUCAGAUGAUACAGCGGCUCAAAAAUGUGACCCUUUUGCGGGCGCCUGGCACAGAGCCGUAUUACAGUAACCUCGGCGUUGCACUGCUCGGUCGAGUCCUGGGCGAGAGAUUUGGAAAUGGGGCUGGCUAUGAGGGAUGGAUAAAGAACAAUUUAUUAGACUCCUUUGAAAUGACAGACACAUCUUUCGUCUUGGAUGACAGCAUAAAGAAACGUAUACCAGUUGGUUAUUUUAGGCCAACAGAAUUCUCUAAUAUCAAAGAAUGGGGAUGGCUGAAUCCAACUGGCGGAGUCUUUUCAACAGUAACUGACUUUGCAAAGUGUCACAAGCUACAUAGUUGGCCAAGGUGUCUCCAACUAAUUCAGUUGCAAUAUCUUACUCAUUUCCCUCUCCGUUUCGCUGAAGGGUACGUUCUUGGAGACGGCAAGAGCGUAGUUGGGACGCCUUGGGAGAUUACAAUCUUGGAUGAUUUGCUUCUCAGAAUGAAAGGCGGUGACGUGUUCGGAUAUCACGCAGCAAUCCAACUAUUGCCAGAGUUGAAAUUGGCUUUCAACUUAUUUUGUACCCACUGUGAAGCCUUGCGAUAUCACUUCAUCGAACAAUUUAACAAGAAUUUUAUCCCAGCUCUUAAAGACGUCCUCAGAAAUGAAGCAAAAAAGAAAAUAGUGCUUCCUCCAGAUACAAAGCCCUUCAUUGGAGUGUACAGAGUGGAUGGACUCGCUUACUUACGAUUUCUUGAGGUCAAACUGAAAGAAGGACAGCUAUUUAUCUCCAUAAAUGGCCAAUAUGAUGCAUUUCUCUUAAACUACACAAAGCCAUUAACAUUUACAAUAAUUUUGCCGUCAUCUCUUCCCUGCGUCGGAAAAUUUAGUCUAGGAGUUGACAACGACCUCGUCGUCUUCGACAUCCCGUCAAAUGUGGAUGGUCUCUGCGAUAAGUUUACCAUGUACAGUGCAGCUCCCAGUGGUAGAACGUUCUUCUACAGAAAGAGAGAUUAGACCAAGAGUGAAAUAUUUUAGAUAUGUCUUGGCCAUGGUGGCAUUGUUACCGCGACAUCGUAGCAGCACGGUAUAAAUAACAUCUCUAAACAAUUCGUUGCAGGAAUACUUUUGUUUUUGGGCCAUCGUAAUUCUAUCAAAAAUAAGACACAAACAGCAGUGAUAAACAUAUUGAACUUGCACAUUUUGAUUAUGACUUGACGUU